CUUUCAAUUGUUGGAAAAGAAACAGUUCAGUUGCAAUCUCUCUCAGUUUUUGGGUUUGGCCAAUUUUCUUCACACACGCACUCAAACAAACACAUAUAUGUUUUGAAGUACGAAUUUAACCCAAGGAAUUUCAUGCUUUUGAAAUUCUAGAUGAUGCAAAUCAAGCCAGUUCUACAUCUUUUCUUUAUCUUUCUCAUUUUUCAUUGGCCCAUUGAUGUUACUUCUUCAAUUCAACAGCAACAAAGAGAGGGAGAGCUUGAAGCUUUGCUUCAAUGGAAGUUUAGCCUUAAGAACAGCUCUCAAGCUCUCCUUCCUUCAUGGAAAUUACUCCCACUUCCAAAUCCAAGUCCUUGCAAUUGGGAAGGCAUUACUUGCAACAAUGCUCAAAUUGUGAAUCAUAUCAUUCUCAAAAACAUUGGCUUGAUAGGUACUCUUGAACACUUCAACUUCUCAUCAUUCCCCAAUCUCCUUACUCUUGAUCUUUACGGUAACCGACUUUUCGGGACCAUCCCUCCUUCGAUUGGUAAGCUUCCUGAACUGAUCAAGCUCAACCUCAGCAGCAAUGGCUUUGAAGGAGGCAUACCAAAGGAGAUUGGAGGGUUGGUGAAGCUUAUUUCAUUGAGCUUCUCACAAAAUCUUCUUUCGGGUUCGAUCCCAUUGACGAUUCAAAACUUGAGGAGCCUUUCAGUUCUGAGUCUUGGCAGCAACCUUCUGUCCGGCUCAAUCCCAUCUGAGCUAGGAAAGUUGACGUUUCUUGUUGAGCUUCGGUUGCAUUUAAACAAUCUGACCGGUUUGAUCCCGCCGACUUUAGGAGAUAUUUCUGGUCUAAAAGUGCUGUCCCUCUAUGGAAAUCAAUUGUCUGGUGUGCUGCCAAAAGAGAUUGACAAACUCACCAACUUGACUCAUUUCUUCCUCUCAAACAAUACCAUCUCUGGCUCUCUACCACAAACUCUGUGUCAUGGAGGCUUAUUGCAUUGCUUCUGUGCUAGUAACAACAACUUCAGCGGUUCUGUCCCUAAAGGCCUAAAGAACUGCACCAGUCUAACUCGACUUCGGCUCGAUCGGAACAAGUUUCAUGGAAACAUAUCCGAAGAUUUCGGUAUAUAUCCGAACUUGGAUUAUAUCGAUCUUAGUUACAAUGAUUUCUAUGGGGAAGUUUCACCAAAAUGGGCAAAAUGCCGACUUCUCAAAAGCUUGAAGAUCUCCGAUAACCAGAUUAGUGGAGAGAUUCCAGCAGAACUUGGAGAAUCAAGUCCCUUACAUGUUCUUGACCUGUCUUCCAACAAUCUUUCAGGACAAAUUCCCAAAGAAGUUGGAAAUUUGAAGUACUUGAUCUACCUUAAUUUGAGCAGCAACAAGCUUUCUGGUUAUAUACCUCAAGAAAUUGGAACCUUGCCUGAUCUAUCAUAUAUUGAUCUAGCAGACAACAAACUAAAUGGCUCAAUACCAAAACAAAUAGCUGAUCUCUCAAAGCUGUUGUAUUUAAACUUGAGAAGCAAUAGCUUUGGAGGAAACGUUCCUAUAGAGUUUGGCAAUAUGGCCAGUCUACAGUUGUUGUUGGAUCUCAGUCACAACACUCUUUCCGGGGCUAUUCCGCCGCAACUUGCAAAUCUGGUGAAACUAGAAGUACUAAACCUCUCCCACAAUCAUCUUUUUGGCUCGAUCCCAUCGGCUUUCGAUCAACUGAAGAGUUUACGGCUCGUCGAUUUGUCAUAUAAUGACUUGGAAGGCCCAAUUCCUGAGAGCAAGGCUUUCGAAGAAGCAUCAGCAGAGUCAUUUGAGAACAACAAAGCCCUGUGUGGAAACCACACCAGCUUGAAGAAUUGUCCAGUUCAUGUGAAGGAUAAGAAGGCAGCUAUUUCUUCACUUGCUUUGAUUCUCAUUCUUUCUUUUUCAGUUUUGGUAGUAGGAUUGUGGAUUAGCAUUGGAUUUGUAUGUGCUCUGAAAAGAAGUGAAAGAAGAGAGAAGGUUAAGGUGAGAGAUUUACACAAUGGAGAUUUGUUUUCAAUUUGGAGUUAUGAUGGAAAAUUGGUAUAUGGAGACAUAAGUGAAGCAACUGAAAGCUUUGAUGAUAAGUAUUGUAUUGGGGUUGGAGGACAUGGAAGUGUUUACAAGGCUAAGUUGUCAACAGGCCAAGUUGUGGCAGUGAAGAAACUACAUUCUGUUCAUCACUCCAAGUUGGAAAAUCAAAGAGCAUCAGAGAGUGAAAUAAGUGCAUUGACGAAAAUCCGACAUCGAAACAUUGUUAAGCUUUAUGGGUUCUGUUUUCACUCUCGACAAUCUCUUUUAGUUUAUGAGUACUUAGAAAGAGGAAACUUGGCCAACAUGUUGAGUAAUGAAGAGCUAGCAAAAGAAUUGAAUUGGAUGAGAAGGAUCAAUGUUGUCAAAGGGAUUGCGAAUGCUCUAAACUACAUGCAUCACGAUUGUGUGCCUCCAAUCAUUCAUAGAGACAUUUCGAGCAACAAUAUAUUAUUGGAUUCAAACUAUGAAGCUCACAUUUCCGACUUUGGAACAGCUAGACUUGUAGACAUCGGCUCAACGACUUGGACCGCAACAGCUGGUACUUAUGGAUACAUAGCUCCAGAGCUUGCAUAUACAACGAAGGUUACACCAAAAUGUGAUGUUUAUAGUUUUGGAGUAGUGAUACUUGAAACGAUCAUGGGGCAUCACCCUGGUGAGCUCAUAUACGCUCUUUCAACGACAUUAUCGCCUUUGGAAUCGUCAAAUGAUGUGGAAUCUUUACAGUUAAAGGAUAUUAUUGACAAGCGCUUACCAAUUCCUACUGCUCAAGCGGCUGAAGAAAUACUCACAAUGACUAAACUAGCAUUGGCUUGCAUUAACGCCAAUCCUCAGUUUAGGCCAACAAUGAAGAAUGCAGCUCAAGAAUUAUGACUCCUCGGCCAGCACUUCUCGAUCUGUUUUCAAGUAUCACAUUGGGAAGACUUGUAAACUUGGAUGAUAUCCAAGAAGGCAAGAACCUUUUUGAUUCAACGUGAAGAAGUUGAGAGGAACGUAGAAUAACGAAUGAAAAAUGCCAAAAAGAAAAAAAAAGGGCCACCUUGUUUGCGAGGAAAAUUGGAUUUUCCCUAUUUAUUUUAAAAGAUAAAAAAUAAAAAACACAUUUAAUCAA